CGCAGGCAGGAGAUAUUCGCGGGACUGGUUAGAGCUGUCAUCGUCGUCACCGUUGCCCUCAUACGAUGCCGCCAACCUGCGGCAGCGGUCUCGUAGGCAUUCCACUCCGCAUUGCAUGGCCGCCUCUUCACACCCUUCCAAUGUCCGCUUACAUCUGUGUACCCGCUCGUCCCGUUUCGUCUUGCAUGGUGCCGGCCUUCAGCCAUCCCGCCUAUUCCUCAAGGGGCAGGGGCCAUAUUACUUCAGCUCCUCAGGUCCGAAAUAUUGCCCAAGAACGCCACCGUUCCCGCGGUCUUGCCUCCUGUAGCCUUACAGUUCUUCGCGAUCGGACGCUGCGUCGGCUUCUUCCCUCACAAUUCACGGGGGACCAGUGGAAAUACUACUGGGGCAUCACGGAGAGCGACAAGUUCGGCAAGAUCUACGAAGCUGCCUCUGCGACGUUCUUCGGGCUUUGGACGAGCUGGUUUCUGACAUUCUUGAUCGGCCUGCCCGCAGCCACAGUCUUGGGCACGGUGUUCUUGUUUUACUGGAUUUUGGCCCCGGGCUUGGCUGCCUACCGGCGGAACGUGAGCUUCCGCGGCACUUACUUCGCCCGGACCCCGCGCGACGACGGCGUCUUUGGCGCGCUCUUUAGUGGGAGGGUCGUGCGCGUGGGCCGCAUCCGGCAGGCGAGGGAGUACAACCGGCCCGAGGCCCUGGUCAUGUCCAUGGAGGACGAAUCGGGGCGGAAGCUGCGAGUCUACGCGCCAAUCUUACCCAGCUACAAAAAAGUGCGGCCAGGGAUGCGGUGCGAGGGAUUGGUCUUGAGCGAGUCGCCCGACUUCGAUGAGCUGAUGGGGGUCUCGGACGUCUUUGUACCAGACUGCGGGGCCUGGGUGGGCGAGUACCCGUACAUCGACAAGGUGCCGUUUAAAGCCUUCUUGGCGAGCAGGGCGAGGCGAAGGGGCGGGAUGGGGGAGGAGAUGGAAGGAAAUGAAGGGUUUUGGGAAGAGGAAGGGGUCGGAGGGGAGGAAUAUGUGAGACCAGACAUGGGUUUCAGGGAGGGUGAGGAGGAGGAAGGUGAUAGCCAGAUUUUUGACAGCGACGGGGGAGGCGAGGGGGGCGACGGGGAUGUGUUCGCACGCGUGUGGGAAGAGGCGAUGCGAAAUGGAAGGAGGAGACAGACAGAGGAGGAAGAGGAAGCGUUGCUGAGUGAGGAAGACCGUGCCAGGGUUGUCCGGACGGGGAGGAGGACAAGGAGAGGCGGGGGGGGGGAGGAAGAAAGCGAGGACAUGUGA